CUCGAGCCAGUCAGUUCUGUACGAACUGCAUGCGCAAGCAAACGCAUACUCCAGUUACUAUAUUACGUUUACGUGAGUGUAUAAAUUCGAGGUCUCGAAUCUCCAGCAAACAAACGGAUAUCUAAGUUUCAUUUAUGUAAGCAACUAAAUAUUUAAAAACCAUAAGAGUGGAAUUACACAAAAAGUAGAAACAGAGGAUAGUGAUAUGAAGAAACCAAAAGAACAUGCGACAUAUAAUAUAACAAUGCUAGAAUUUAUAUCUACAUGACAACUUAAAAAACAAAAACUGACCUCUUAAGUUUUCAAAGAAGAAUUUUGAUGCAAACGCCCGAGAUUGAAGGUUGUCUUCUUGAUGUCUCGAGGAAACAUAAACGCUAGGCAAAUUCCUAAUUGUAAAGAUGUUGAAUCUGGCGCUAAUGUGGAUGCCGUUCAAAUCGCGAUCGGUGAUCUCGGCAGGUGGCAAAUUAUCGUCUGUCUGGCAGUUUCUCUGGUCAAAUUUCCGGUAGCUUGGCAUCAAUUGGCAAUCGUCUUCAUGGCUCCUCAUCAAAACUACAACUGCACGAACCCGAUUACUAUAGAUUUCAAAGAUCAAUGCUCGGUCAAUCAUAAUGGCACGCUGAUCAAAUGCACAGAAUGGGAGUACGAUAGAAAGACAUUUCCCGAGACCAUCAUAUCGCAGUGGAAUUUAGUCUGCGAUAGAACGCAUUUUGCAAAUAUCCAACAGUCUAUUCUUAUGUUCGGAGUGCUUCUUGGAAAUAUAAUCUUUGGUAGUCUUGCGGACAGGUACGGCAGAAAAAUGCCGCUGAUGGUUUCUGUUGUUCUUCAACUGUUAUCAGGCAUUGCAUGUGCUGCAGUUCCUUGGUUUCACGUUUUAUUGCUAAUGAAGCUAUUGAGUGCAUUGGCUACUGGAGGCACGAUGGUUACUAGUUACGUAAUUUGUAUGGAGAUAGUAGGUACACAAUGGCGAGCUGCUAUCACUAUUUUAUAUCAAAUUCCGUUCAGUUUAGGCCAUAUGUCGUUAGCAGGACUUGCGUAUUGGUUUCGACAUUGGCAGCAACUACAAAUUGCCAUUACUCUUCCAUCCAUUAUUCUUUUAAGCUAUUGGUGGAUAAUACCUGAAUCACCUAGAUGGUUAUUGGCUAUGGGAAAACAGAAAGCAGCUUGCAAAAUAUUGCAGAAAGCAGCAAACAUAAAUAAAGUGAAAAAUGUAGACAUUUCUGAAAUAGUUAGAAAACAUUAUCUGCACCAAAAUCUUAAGAAAUCUACGCUGGAUCAUAAAGCUUCAUUUUUGGACUUGUUUCGCACACCAAACAUGAGAGUUAAAUCUCUUUCAAUUUUCUUCAAUUGGAUGGUUUGCGGAAUGGGUUUGUUUGGCAUGUCACAAUACAUUGGCGAGGUCGGUGGCGAUAUUUUUAUUAAUUUCGCAAUGUCAGGUGCUAUACAAAUUCCGGGAAACUUUGUCGCGUGGUGGGCAAUGAAUAAAUUAGGUCGGCGAAUUACUUUGAUCUGCAGUAAUUCCAUAGCUGGCGCAGCCUGUUUAUUCCUACUUAUCGUAGCAAAAGAUAUGGCGUGGCUGAGAUUGCUUCUAGCAUGUUCCAGUAUUGUCGGCAUGUCGGUAUCGUUUACGACAGUCUAUCUUUUCUCUGGAGAACUGUUUCCUACGGUUAUAAGAAACAUUGGAGUUGGUACAAGCAGCAUGUUUGCCAGAGUAGGCUCUAUUCUAGCACCCUUUGUAGUAUCUUUGAAUUACAUUGAAGCGUGGCUACCGCCUAUUAUUUUCGGAAUUAUGCCGUUAGCUGGAGCAGCGUUGUGUCUGUUAUUACCCGAAACUGCCGGAUGUAUAUUACCGGAAACGCUUCAGGACGGUGAAGAGUUUGGAAAAAAGAAACUGAAACAAAACCAUGAGGAUCUUCAAGCAGAAGCGAUAUUCUAAAGAAAAAGUUGGCUACAAUAAGUCUUCAAAUAUUACCAUACAGUUAAAGCUGUGCAUCGAAUUAUUUGUGAAUAACUCGAAUGCAAUUAAUCAACUGCUAAUAUAGAGUAACUUUUUUAGCCACUUGCAUUUAUUAAUUUUAUUUAUCAUAUUAUUACAUUGUAUAAUACAUUAAA